AUGCUUCCUCGGCACCAUGGAUCGUCGUAUUCGAAUGGGAAAAAGCACGACUACGAAGAAAAGACAUACAGCAUAUCCCCACACAGAUCCACACCUCCGGCUGCUAGAAAAAGGCGACAACUCCUUAUAAGGCUCGGUGGGGUGUUAGCAGUCCUGCUAUUUGGAUUCUUUGUAUGGCCCGGAGUCUCAAUACUAUCAAUUUUCUCUUUCGGCUUUCUGUCUUCGGGUGAAGACUUCCAAUUAGAAACGGUGCGAUAUUACGACCUGUCGAAUGUACAGGGUACCGCCAGAGGAUGGGAACGAGAGGAGCGGAUCCUCCUCUGUGCGCCUUUACGAGAUGCCGAGUCUCAUCUGCGAAUGUUCUUUUCUCACCUACAUAAUUUUACCUACCCUCACCAUUUGAUCGAUCUGGCUUUCUUGGUGUCUGAUUCCAAGGACCGAACAUUACCACUGUUGUCUGAACUUUUGGAGCAACUUCAGGCGGAUGAAGAUCCAAAGAUGCCGUAUGGAGAGAUUUCUAUUAUUGAGAAGGAUUUUGGACAGAAGGUUAACCAGGACGUUGAGAGUCGUCACGGAUUUGCUGCGCAGGCAAGUCGAAGAAAGUUGAUGGCACAAGCAAGAAAUUGGCUGUUGAGUGCGGCGCUACGACCAUAUCACAGUUGGGUUUACUGGAGAGAUGUGGAUGUUGAGACUGCCCCAUUUACUAUCUUGGAAGAUUUGAUGCGACACAACAAGGAUGUUAUUGUGCCGAAUGUCUGGCGACCACUUCCCGACUGGCUUGGGGGCGAGCAACCAUACGAUCUGAACUCAUGGCAAGAAUCCGAGACAGCUCUGGCAUUGGCAGAUACUCUGGACGAAGAUGCUGUCAUUGUUGAAGGUUAUGCGGAAUAUGCGACUUGGAGACCCCAUCUUGCAUAUCUCCGAGACCCAUACGGUGAUCCUGAUAUGGAAAUGGAUAUUGAUGGUGUGGGGGGUGUCAGUAUUUUGGCCAAGGCCAAGGUGUUCAGAUCCGGUGUUCACUUCCCAGCUUUCAGUUUCGAGAAGCAUGCCGAGACAGAAGGAUUUGGAAAGAUGGCCAAACGGAUGCAAUUCUCUGUAGUGGGCCUACCACAUUACACUAUCUGGCAUUUGUACGAGCCUAGUGUAGAUGACAUUCGACACAUGGAGGAAAUGGAACAAGAACGUCAAGCCCGUGAGCAGGAAGAGAAGGAUCGCGUUGAGCGAAUGAAGAAGAUUAAGGACCAGUUUGCCGACCCUAACAACCAGUGGGAGAAGGACAAGACGGAUAUCCAGAAUGAGGCCAUGAAAGAGAAGAAAGCAAAGGAGGAUGCGGAAGCCGGUACUGAAAAGCCAGCAGCCGGGCCAGAAUCUUCCGCAAAGCCUGAGACCCCAGUUGGAGCCCUGGCUGAAGCCAAGGUUGAGGAUGUCACUACAGUCAAGAAUAAACCGGCAGCUUGA